CCAAAUUCGAACCCAGUGCACGUAUCUAUAUAAAUGUCGCUUCAGAAUUAAAACCCUAGCUCUCUUCACCUUUUCAAGGUUUACGAAAACUAUCGGAGUAGCAGUGCAGCGGCUGAAGCAGAGACAAUGGCCGUUCCUUUGGUGUCCAAGAAGAUUGUGAAGAAGAGAGUAAAGAAGUUCAAGAGGCCACAGAGUGACCGCAAGAUUUCCGUUAAGACAAACUGGAGAAGGCCCAAGGGUAUUGAUUCAAGGGUCAGGAGAAAGUUCAAAGGAUGCACGUUGAUGCCUAACAUUGGUUAUGGUUCAGACAAGAAAACUCGCCACUAUCUUCCCAAUGGGUUUAAGAAGUUUGUCGUGCACAAUGUCAAGGAGCUUGAACUUUUGAUGAUGCAUAACAGGACUUACUGUGCUGAGAUUGCACAUGAUGUAUCCACCCGAAAGAGAAAGGAGAUCGUUGAGCGAGCAGCACAGUUGGAUGUUGUUGUUACCAACAAACUGGCUAGGUUGCGGAGCCAGGAGGAUGAGUAAACAUAUUUUGCUAUUUUAUUUUGAUUUUGCCGUUGAAACAAAACUCUUUGCAUUAGGCAGUUUGAUCAUUGCAGAAUUAUUUUGUUGUGGAUUGAAUGCUCUGGUUAUUUUUGAAUCUAAACCUGUUUGCUACAAUUUGACACUUCAGAAAGGUUCUCUUCUUGAGGUA